AUGUACUUUUCUCCCGCUCUGAUUGCCGUGGCGGCGUCCUUCGUCACUCUGGGUCUCGCCGUUGACCCUCUGUCUUUCAACUCUUGGCCCACAGAGCCCCUCCAGGCUGGCAAGCCCAUCACCCUCACCUGGUCUGGUGGCGAUCCCUACACCCCCGUGACGAUUAUGCUCCGUGAGGGAAGCUCCACCAAGCUCAAGGAUGUCAAGGCCAUUACCGAUCAAGGCCAUGAAGGCACUUUCACCUGGACCCCUGACAGUGAUGUCAAGGCGGGCCACAACUAUGCUUUCCAGAUCAAACAGGGUGCCGAGAUCAACUAUACCGCUCUGUUGAAGUCAUCCGACAAGCCCAGCGCCGACCUCGACGAUGACAACACUACAACUGGAGCCACCACUGGCACUACCACCGGCACCCAAACCAGUGGCACUUCCACUCAAACCACCGGGACCACCAUGACCACUAGCAAGCACCUGAUCAGCUCAUCAGCCAGCGCCUCUGGCAGUCCUUCCAGCUCAGCAGCUACUACCACCACCACAGAGAGCAAGCCUACCGGUACUGAGGUCGUUAACGGAAAGGAGCCUGAUACCACUGAUGCCGUUCAGACUGGUGCUGCCUCCAUUCCCCAGUACUCCACGCAGUUGUUCAUGGGUGUUGCUGGUGUGUUGGCAUACCUUGUUUAA